GGCUCGCUUAGGGCGGGCGGCGCCAAGCGCACCACACGCAGAGUCUCGCGAUCCCCGUUCCAGAGGCCUUGUCGAAAACGAAGAAAAAGCGACAACUUCUCACGACAUCGAGGACCAUCCCUUUACCCCUCGGCAACCGCUUCAAGAUGGUCCGUUACGCCGCUCAGGAGAUUCCGGCCGCGAAGAGCGCCCGCGCCCGGGGCUCUUACCUCCGUGUCAGCUUCAAGAACACCCGUGAGACCGCCCAGGCCGUCAAGGGCAUGAAGCUUGAGCGCGCCCUCAAGUUCCUCGACAACGUCCAGAACAAGGCCGAGGUCGUCCCCAUGCGCAGAUACGCUGGCGGCACUGGUCGUGCUGCUCAGGUGGGGUGUCAGCCGCGCCCGCUGGCCCGUCAAGCCAACGCUGACACCAAGGGUCUCGACACCGGUGCCCUUGUCGUCAAGCACAUCCAGGUCAACCAGGCCCCCAAGGGACGGAGACGCACCUACCGUGCCCACGGUCGUAUCAACCCCUACAUGACCAACCCUUGCCACAUCGAGCUCAUCCUUACCGAGGGUGAGGAAGUCGUCCAGAAGGCCCCCGCUGCCAAGGAGACUCACCUCUCUUCCCGCCAGCGUGGUACUCAGAUCCGCCGUGCUCUCAUCGAGGCAUAAGCGGUCUGUGAGGUGUCGGGGGUAAUAGGUAGUUGGGAAAGAAAUGCAUAGGGAAAAUUAAAAAGCCCGGAGUUUUCUUUUAUGUUGUUGUACGGAACAAAUACCUGGUCACGGAAGGCU